AUGAAGACGACACGCUGCCUCUUCUGUCGGCUCACUCCCUCAGCAACUCCAAAAUCUCAACCCUCCACCCGCGCUUUCAGCACAACGCCUGCAGCCCACGCAAAAGGCAAACCCGCCUACCCAAAUGUCACGGCCGUCGAUCUCGGUCUCGUGCAACAACGCGUAGACCAAGCAGCACGCACAUUCAAACCCUACACGCCACGAGAGAAACAGCUCCUAGCUCUAAAGUACACGCCCGCCCAAGUCCGCGCCAUCGAAGCCGCAGAAGCAUCAAUCGACCCCAGAGAUGUCGUUGUACAGGGAAAAGUCCGCCGUGACACUUUCGCCCUUACUUACAUUGACGAUUUGGCAAAGAUCCAACCGCUUGUUGAUAAGCCCGUUCGCGCUCCCACUGCAGAUAUCGAUCCUGGCAUUCGUAUGCGCAGUGAGGAUGAAGUACUCGAUCGCUUUGCCGCUUGGACGGAAGACUUCAACCGCAAGCGCACAGAAUACGAAACACGUAUGGAAAGCAUGGAUGGCGACGCUCUGGAGCAAGAGCUUCUCACAAAGAGCAUCGAAGCCGGCAUCUACCCCGGCGACACCUUGACCCCCGACGAACGCCGCGCCCGUCUGCGCAAAUACGCAGAACACUUUGAAGGCCCCAAUGAAGUCGCCGAAUGGAACGCCUUCAUUGGAAACGCAAACAACUUCUUCUUUUCGCCAAAGGGAACCUUGGAAUCACAACAAGACAGUCUCGCACCGGAAAUGCCAAAAGUAAAGAAUCUGGGCGUCAAGUUCGAGUCUGAAGAUGACGACCCUCACUUGCAACGCUUGAUGCAACAGACAGGAAUGACAAAGGAGGAAAUCCGCAGAAUCAGAUGCAAGAAUUUGGUAAACCAUCGUGUCGUCAAUCAAACCCGUAUGGGCAAGAUUCAAAGCAUGUAUUACCUCACCAUUGCCGGAAACGAAAACGGCAUGUUGGGUAUCGGUGAGGGCAAGUCUGGAGAAGACGAAGACGCCAUUCGUCAAGCUCAAUACGCUGCGAUUAGAAACAUGAAGCCCAUUCCUCGCUAUGAGAACCGUACUAUUUUCGGUGAGGUCGAGGGUAAAGUGGGUGCUUCUAUUGUUCAGCUUUCUUCUCGUCCGCCAGGCUUCGGUAACAGAUGUCAACAUCUCAUCUACGAAAUGGCUCGUGCGGCUGGAAUCUCCGACCUCAGUGCCCGCUGCCCUCGCAGUCGUAAUCCCAUGAACGUCGUCAAGGCCACCUACGAAGCUUUGAUGAAGCAAAGACUUCCCGAAGAUGUUGCACGCGCACGUGGCCGCAAGUUGGUCGAUGUAAGAAAGGUCUACUACCAAGGUUUGACUUCAUAG